GCGAUUAUCACAACAGCAUAGUGAAUUUAGUGUUACAAUGAGUCGCACCUGGUUGUUAGUUUGCCUUUUGGCCAUUCAUAUAGUGUCCAUUUGCGGGGACGAAAAAGUAAUUGGUGGACACCGGGCUCCACCGCAACGAGCUCCAUAUCUGGUUUCACUCAUGUACGACCUCAAACAUUAUUGCGGUGGGACAAUUAUUAAUCGGAGAUCGAUUUUGACGGCAGCACAUUGUGUCGUGAAUCGCAGGCCUAACAGGAUGGCAGUUCGAGCGGGCUCCAACUAUCGAAUGCGCGGAGGAUACGUUGCAAGCGUCACUGGGUGGAGGAGACAUUCCCGUUUCAACAAUAGAAAUUUUCGAUAUGACAUAGCAAUGGUCUACCUGGACGGUCUCCUUCCCUCCAUUCCAAAAAUCCAGCCAAUUAGGCUUUUCAACGGACGAUUACGGACUCAGAAAGCGAUAGUUGUUGGCUGGGGUAGUGUUCGCGAAAAUGGAGGUGGAGCUGAUAAUCUGCAAAUUGCUGCCAUACGAGUCUUUCGGAGACGAACAUGUCUGAGAGCUUAUGGUCGAUUGCUGCUGCGUACAAUGUUUUGUGCAGGUACUAUGAGUGGAGUAAGGGAUACGUGUCAAGGCGAUUCUGGCGGACCUCUAGUGAUUCAAGGACGAAUCGCAGGAGUCACCUCGGUAGGAAGUGGAUGCGGUCAAAGAGGAUAUCCAGGAAUUUAUACAAGGCUUCCAAUACUUAAAAGAUGGGUAAUCAGAAACACUCGUAGUUAGUCCGCAAUAUUUGCAUUAACAAGUAAGUCUAUAGCCAAUAUCUUUUAUUUAUGAAAUCCAAUCUGUAAUUUUUUGUUAAUUAAGAGAGUGUUUCCUCUCUGCCAAAAAGUA